AUGUCUCAAACGUCAACACAUAACUCCUACCAGUUAAAUUCUUCUGAUAGCGAUGCAAUAACAUCGUCAAAUGAAGAUGAAGUUGAAUUAAUUGAGUCAAAUAUAUCAAAUGUAUUAGAAACUUCACAAAGCUUAGAUGUAGAAUCAAAUUCAAGCUCACCUGACCAAUCUACAUCUCAUAGUAGAGGUGUUACUGUUACUAACAGUUUAGGCAAGCGGAUUCAAAGAAGAAAAGUGCCUACUCGUACUAAAAAAUCAAGAUCAAGAAAAAGCUGGGUGUGGCAUUAUUUUAAAAAAAACAAAGUUGAAAAAAAAGCAUAUUGUCAAGUUAAAAUAACAAACGAAGAUGGUAGCGAAAAUAAAUGUAAUCAUGAUUAUGAAUUAUCAACGGGAACAGGGAAUUUAAAGUCUCAUCUUCGUCAGGCAUUAAAUAGUUAUGUUGGUCGAGAUAAAUACCGUGAAAAACUCCUUAAAUUGCAAGCUGAAUUAAACCCAGAGCAUCUAGUUAAUCCUCUUUCAAGUGAUACUCAGACACGUUGGAAUUCAACAUAUAAUCUUUUAAAUAAUCUUCUUCUUCUUCGUUAUGCUAUUAUGCGAUUGGCUAGUGAUCUAAAACAAAGUGUUAACCGACAAGAAAGACAAGAUGGAACAAAACUCUCGGAGCUUCUCUUGUCAGCAGAGGAAUGGAAUUCAUUAGAUGAAUUAUCAAAACUUCUACAUCCUUUUGCACAAGCGACUGGAUAUAUUGGAGGAAGUCAAUACCCGACCUUAGGAAUGAUGAUACCCACUCUUAUUAAGCUUUCCCGUCAUUUACAAGAUUUUUAUCCAAGAAUCACGUCAUCUAUAGUAAAAGCCU